AUGUUAAUUUUAUUAUUAAAUUGCUUCAUUGUUUAUUGUUUAGCGCAAAAUUUUGAAAUUGGUGAUAAUGCGACAAUUAAAGGAUGUUCAAGUCAUUGUUCAAUGCACGAUAUCGACCUUUCUUGUUGGAAUCAAACAUUAAAUUUUUAUGAACAAAUAUUAUUUUCUCAAAUGAAAUUUUAUAUUGCAGUUCAAAUAAAUAUUGAUCGUUGGCAUCGUAGGCGUUUUCCUAAAUAUGUAUCGAAUUUCUCUCAGAUUAAACUUGACACUAUUCAUAAUUUGAACUCUUUGGUCGCUAAAGGUGGUAUUAUCGACAAUAAUACUAUUGUUACCGUGGUAAAUGCAUUGGUUGACCAAGUACAAAAAAAUAGUCGCACCGUCGAGAGUCAUAAAACUCACAUCGCUUGCCCAUUGCCCUGCGAAUAUAAAUCAAAGUUAUGGCGAUAUCUUUUUAUCGCUUCAUGUGCGCUUAAUAUUUUAUUGGCAAUAUUAGGACUUCAAAUUACCAGUGUGAGAUGGGUGACGGCUCUUAUUUGUCAUUUUGUUUGUAUUAUUGCAAAUGUUCUUUAUGGUAAUUCACGUGGCUUUAUUGAACUACGAGAUUCUUGA